AUGUGUGCCCAGGUUGUUUUUGCGGUGCUAGCCGCUUACCUUUGCGGGUUGUUCAUUCCAUCGGCAUGCAGGGAUAACUUGAAUUAUAGACCUGUAAUAGGUGUUUUAGCUCAGGAGAAUAUUAUUGGGGACCCUCAUGCUCAAGGACCUUCCUAUAUCGCAGCCUCGUAUGUGAAAUAUCUAGAAUCAGCCGGUGCUAGGGUUGUGCCCAUAAGGAUAACCGGCAGUUAUGAGGACUAUGUUAAGAUUUUCAAUGCAAUAAAUGGGUUGCUGUUGCCGGGUGGAAAUGUAGAUAUUCAGAAGUCGCAGUUUAGCAGGGUAUCAAAGAUUUUCUAUGAUCUGGCAAUAAAGGCAAAUGAUGCAUCCGAUUAUUUUCCUAUAUGGGGAACAUGCCAGGGAUUUCAGCAAUUGACUGUUCUUACCAGCAAUAAAAACCUGUUGACAUUAACUGAUACCAAAGCAGUUGCUCUACCGCUCACCUUUGCUCUAGGUGCAGAGAAUAGUCGGCUGUUCAAGAGUUUCCCGAAAGACCUUCUCUUAUCCCUGGCACAGGAAAACAUUACCUCCAACUUCCAUAGCUGGAGUCUCUCAGUGCAGAAUUAUACCCGAAAUGCCAAGCUGAAGCGUUUCUAUAGAAUCCUAACCACAAACACAGAUGGAAGAAAAGAGUUCAUUUCAACUAUGGAAGCUUACCGCUACCCGUUCUACGCAGUGCAGUGGCACCCAGAGAAGAGCCCCUUUGAGUGGAUCGAUAAACCAGGCAUGAUACACUCCCUCUCAGCCAUCAAAGCAUCCUUCUACACUGCCAGCUUCUUCGUCUCAGAAGCAAUGAAAAGUCAACACCGCUUCCUUGACCAGAAAGAAGAGGAAGAGGCACUCAUUUACAACUAUUCCCCUGUUUUCAAAGGCCUCAGCAGUAUUUUCAUGCAGAAUUAUUACUUUGACUAG